UAUCCGAACUGGUUUCGCGGCCGUACGCGCGCGGCCCUUUCAUUCUAGUUCGAAACCCAACGGCGGACGGUACACACCGCGCGUACAACAGGCACAAAAACAUCGUCGUCCGUAGGCAUCACGGGCCGGCCCAAAGUGACAAGAAAUCCGCGGUGAAAUACGAGUAAAUAGUUUUCUUUCUCGGUUUUUCGGUUCCGUUUUUAUUCGUCGUUAAGGAUUCAUUCGUUUUUUUCUUCUUCUUCCAAUAAUGUAACACAUCUUUACCGCCUGAUUUCAUCGUUACGCCCGUCUGUUUUUAUUUAGUUUUUAAUUUUCGCGUAUACGAGUGCUUUUUUUUUUUUUUUUUUAAAUUUUUUUCCGAACUUCAAAUCGCUGCUCGCCCGUUAAAAGAACAAACGGUGUGCGUUCGAAAAACAAUGCGCGCAUCUCUGGGACCUGGACACUGCAUUUGAUAUUAAUACCUCCCGUGUCCCCUGUUUUCGCUGUCAGCGAAAAUCUACGAAUUUCCCGAUAGAUACUUCGAACAAGCCGCCAGAGCUGCAAACCGCACCUGCAUCAGUUUGCUUACAUCACACACACACAAUCGUCAAUUAUUCAACAUAAACGAUGGGAGACAAAUCUCGUAAAAACAGCACUUCUCAAGAUGUGGAGGCUAACGGCACGUCGGAACAUCAACAAAAAGUGGACGCAGUGGCAAAAGCUGUGCACGGUCAUCCGGUUUCCGAACAUCCGACCACGUACUGCGAGACGUUAAUGCAUCUUUUAAAGGGCAACAUCGGUUGCGGCAUGUUAGCCAUGGGAGACGCUUUUCGUAAUGGUGGUCUUUUGAUGGCGCCCAUUCUCACGGUUUUCAUCGGCACUGUGUGCAUAUAUAACAAUCACAUAUUGUUAAAUGUUGCUCAUAAGUUGAAGAGUCGACUAAAACUCGAACACUGUCCAACAUUUUCAGAAACUGUCGAAUUGUCUUUCGCCACUGGACCUAAGAGCUUACAGAAGCAUGCAGAUCUGUUUAGGACUACGGUUAACGUGUUCGUUAUAAUCACUCAAUUGGGAUUCUGCUGCGUAUACAUACUAUUUGUGUCAAGCUCGAUCAAACAGUUUUGUGAUGAAUACGGUACCGUGUUUGACAUACACAUUCACAUGAUAUUUGCGUUGCUGCCCAUUAUGUCAUGCGCCAUGAUCAGGAAUUUGAAAUUUAUCGCUCCUUUGUCGACGUUAGCCAACAUCUCAAUGGCAAUUGGUCUGGGUAUCAUUCUAUCGUACUGCAUAGUCGACUUGCCGAGCCUUAACACUAGAACGGCCGUUGCUCAUUGGUCGCAAAUACCUCUAUUCUUCGGCACGGCUAUUUACGCUUUUGAAGGGAUCAGUCUGGUAUUGCCUCUGCAAUUGGAAAUGGAAAAGCCCAAUAGGUUCGCGUCAACCAUGGGAGUUUUGAACGUCGGCAUGACCAUUGUGACUUUUAUUAUAUUGACAAUGGGUUUCGUGGGAUUCUGGAGGUUUGGCGACGACGUCAAAGGCAGUCUCACGCUCAACCUUCCACCCACCCUCAUUCUUUCCAAAAUUGUGGUUGGACUUAUGGUGUUUGCGAUUAUCUGUACUUACACCCUACAGUUUUAUGUGCCCGUCGCCAUUCUGUGGCCGUCUGUACAAGAAAAAUACGGACCAUUCCAAUCGCCCGCCCUCGCCGAGUACCUCUUACGCGCCGUUCUAGUAUUCGCCACAUUUUUGGCAGCUGAAGUGAUACCACAUCUGGCACUGUUUAUAUCAUUGGUCGGAGCCAUCGCCAGCACGUUUUUGGCCUUGAUAUUCCCGCCAAUUUGUCACAUGGUUGUCUGGAAGGACGAAGGAUUCGGCGCAUUCAAUUGGAAACUCCAUAUGGAUAUUCUUACUAUAAUCUUAGGUCUAUUAGGGUUUGUUACUGGUACAUAUUUCAGUUUACAUGACAUCAUUGUCGCAUUUAGUAAGGAUUUUGGUUUCCAUUGAUCAAAAUAGCUGCCAAUCUCACUCACCUAAUAGACUUAGUAAAAGCACUGUUGUUUUAAAAUAUCAUUUGAUUAUUAAAAUUAUUAUUAUUAUUAUUAUUA